CUCAACCAUUUGAACCAUUUGAAGAUCCGAUAAGAGAUUUAAAAAGCCGUCAGUAUAGCACACGUAGAAAAUGUAUAUAAUCGCUAAUUAUGACGAGACUUUUUAUUCAAUCUAGUUUUAUUACCAUUUUUGUAAUAAUCUGUUUCGGACCUGAACACUUUUCUGAUUAGCCGAUAACUAGUUCAAGGUCGUUGAUAUGGUUUGAUUAUAGCUGACUUUUUUGGUCGUGCCUCAGGAUCGUGUUUCCCUCCUUCUAUCCUCAUUUUUUGCAACUAGAUGUAUUUUUUAACAUGUUAAUCAAACUCCAGGGUUUAAAGCCACUUGUGGUCGUAUUGUUGUGUUUUUAGUGUGUAAUUAAACCCACAGUAUUUGUUUAACAAAUGAAAAUUUGAUUCCAUCCAGAUGGUUCUCUUUCGUGGUCUACUGAAAAUCCACAGUCGUUUCCUUCAUAUUUGUGGCCGUGACAUUCCAUCGAAUAUCCCACUGCCCCCAUACAUUACUAACGAGGUCGACCUAACGCAAUCUACCAUAGCUGUGCAGAGUGAUCGUAAUAUUAGUGAAUGUAAACGAGCAGGUUCUAUAAUCCGCCAGAUGUUUAAUGAUCUUGAAAAAUUCAUCAGACCGGGUUUAUCUACUCAGGAUAUCGAUGAUUUCGUAUUUAAUGAGUGUCUGAGUAAAUCGGUAUACCCAUCGCCGUUAGGAUAUAAAGGUUUUCCAAAGUCGGUCUGCACGUCGGUAAAUGAAGUUGUUUGUCAUGGAAUCCCAAACAAAUCACAAAUACUAAAACUGGGUGAUAUUUUGUCUGUGGAUAUAUCAGUUUAUAAUGGUUACGUCCAUGGUGAUGCAUGUCACUCCUUUGUAGUUGGUGUGGAUAGUCACUCUGAUUAUUGUGAUCUGGAAGCUGGUGCACGGAUAAAAACUGCUGUCUACUUGUGCACUGUCGCUCAGAAGUGCCGUGAUGCUGGUAUCAGUGUUUGCGGCCCAAAUGCUCUUUAUACAUCUAUUGCGGAAGCAGUCACGAAAUGCGCCGAUGCUUUUCAGUGCCGCGUUGUGGUAGACGUAUGUGGACAUGGAAUCGGCCCAUUUUUGCAUGGACCGCCAAAAGUAGUACAUUCAAUCCAUGAAAUAGCUUCCCAACCACUUACACGUAUGCUACCUGGACAUACGUUCACCGUCGAACCGUGUAUCUCUCUUCCUCCCAACAAGUUUGGAUUAAAAUUCAGACGGAAUACAAGUUUCGCAGUCCCUGUUAUUUUGGAAGAUGGAUGGACAGUAGUCACUAGUGACAAAGCUUUGACAGCUCAGUUUGAACAUACCAUUUCAAUUACAAAUAAGGGGUGCAUAAUACUAACGUGAUUUAUAGUGUUUUCGUUCUUUAUCCAUGGAUUCAUUAUAUUAUUGAAGUUGAUCUAUGACUGGCAAUAAUUUUUAUAUUUACUGGUACAUAGCUUGGUUUUAUUCUUGUGAAUUUUAGAAGUGAUACUGGAAAGUAUGCUACUUUUGCGUACAAUCCGCUUCGAUGUUAAUUUUGUUUCUACUGUCUCAAAGGAGAUUUUUCCAUGUAGUACUAUUUUUACAUUCUGCAAAUUAUCUGGGUAUUCUUAACCACUCAAAUUGCAUAGUUUACAUAUAUUCGUAAUGAUUCAA